UCCACCUGCAAGAAUUAAAUUGGGCAUGAAUCGGAUGAACGAAUGUCAGGCAGCCAGCUAUCAGCAGAAAUCGAAUAAAAACGCAGAAGAGGGAAGAGUAAGAAGAGACCCCACCAUGGCUGUAUCCUUUUUUUUUGUUUUUUCUUUAUCUUUGUGGGUUUGAAAUUUGUUGGGCAUACACAUACAAUACACAACACAGCACUACACUUGUAAUCUCUAUAAAUAUUGUUGUAUAGUUCACAUCAAAGAAUAAAUGUGGAGAAGCUUUAUCGGGAUAUCAGGGAGAAAGAUUUCUUCCUGUAACAUCAUCAUCCCAUCUCUCUUUCUCUCUCUCGCCAAAAAUGUAAAUAUAUAUAUAUGCAUGUAUAUCAUCAAUAGAGAUACAUACAUGUAUAUAUAUAGAUAUAGUGUAUGUGUGAGAGAGAGAGAGAGAGAGAGAGCGGCGCCUGCAAAUUAAUUUAUGAGAGAGAAGACUGUGGUGUGCAGUUACUGUUACCAAGAAAUACAGGGAGGGACAGGAUUGGAGGAGUCGCGUCCAACCUCAUUUAAAGUUUUGUUUGUAUUCUGUAAGUUGCAAGAACUGUCUCUACUCUCUCCCACUGCUCUAAAUAAAUAUGUGCAGUAGUAAUUGCUCGCUACCCUUCUCUCUCUCUCUCUCUCUCUCUCUCUCUCCAUCUCUAUAUUUAUAUGUAUUUGACUCGAAGAAGAAGAUGAGAUAUGACUGUAGUGUGUAGUAAGUAAAUUGAAUCCAUUCUCCAUCAUUUGAGUGGUUGGGGUGAAGCAUGAAAAGGCAGCAAAAGAUUGGAAGCUUUUUUCAGCUUUAAUUGAAUUAAAUCUGUUCUGAUACAUACAUACAUACAUAUACAUAUCUCUUGCAGUCCCCAGGCAGAGAGAGAGAGAGAGAGAGAGAGAGAGAGGCAGGCUUCAACAUCCCACCUUGAAACCAUACAUACCUAAUUUCCAUUUUCGUUUUUUUCCCAGUCUUUUACAAAAAAGAGUUCAAAUAAUUGACAAACGGGCAUUUGCAUUUGUCAAGAAUGCCAGAGAACAGUCCGACAGUUGUAGACAACUCAUCUUAUAAUCUCCAUCUAUGUAUGUAUGUAUCUUCUUAAGAAUUUCCAGAAUUGGGUUCUAACUCAUCAGAGAGAGAGAGAGAGAUAGCACAUUAAAAAGAACAGUGGUUCUCGUCCUCUGUUGUAAUGAAGCUGCAGGGAGACGACACGUCUGAUUGCAGAUGCAAAAAUCAAGAAAUUAAUAUUCUUGUUUCAUUACUUGUCAUCUUCUCGUUCUUUAAUGAUUCUUGGCAGGUUAUAUGACACAGAACAGAGGCAGAGCUUUUAAUUUAAAUGCAAUGCAAAUCAAUGUAGAGAUAUAUCUCCUUGUUCUUCAUCGUUCUUUUACUUUCUUUCUGAGUUUUGUCUAUGCAGCAGCAAUUAUGGCGAUUUGCCCUCUGCAAUCUUUUUGCCUAAUUCAUCAUUCGUUGGUUUAUUGUAGUACUAAUACACAUACGGCUUCUUCUCAUCAUCGUAUCUACCUCGUAGGGUCUCUCUUGCCUGUCGGGAUAUUCUAGCCCCCCAUGAUUCGUCUACCUUUACCUAAUUUUCAUGUGCCCGCUAAUUAUUUUUCUUGUGGGACUUAAAUUUUUUGUCGAUCCAAAUCAUAUUUUAUGCACUCGUAAUUCUAUUUCCCAAUAAUAUGAAAUAAAAAUUACAUCUUGAUUAGUAAAGUGGAACUUUUUUUAUUUUUUUGAGUGAAAAGCACAAAAGCCCACAAUUAAUAAUAAUAAUGCCUAAUCAAUUUUGGCGUUUUUGGUAUUUUGUUGCUCGAGAAAGGGAGAAAGGGAGAAAGGGACGUUAGUGUGGCUACAUUCCUUCCUUCUAAGUCAUCCAAAGUACUCAUAGCAGAGAAUGAUUUCGAUUUAGGGUUUUCUUGCAGUGGAAUUGUUUGUCUGAAUCUUGGAUUGAGUUUAAUUUUUGGGAGUGAUGGUGGAAAUCGACUGCGGCCAAGGGUCGAAACCGCCGCCGCAAAUCUCUGAUAUGUUUCAGAGAUUCGCUUUGGCUUUUAAGACCAAAACCUAUGAUCUCUUCGCCGAGGAUACUCCGGUGGAUGGAGACGGCGAUGUCUUGGCCCUUCUUGAUUCGGCGGAGGAAUUUAUUCCCGAUCAGAAGGUCGUCGUCAUCAAACCUGACCAUUCCGGCGACGAUAACUUGCUCCGGCGCGUGGUGGUUCCUUCUCUCUUCGCCACCGUCUCCGCCUUCGAAGCGUCGUAUCUGCAACUCCAAGCAGCGCACGUCCCGCGAAUUGACCAAAAUGCCCUCAAACAGGCCGACGAGUCACUUGUCUCGAUUCUCCAGAAACUCGCCGAGUUAAAGAGCUUCUACAACCGGCCCGGCUCGAACCGCCGCCGGUCCGACUUUCCGGCGACUUCGUACCUCGAAUUCCAAGUACAGGAAAAUCAAAGCAAGCUCAGAGCUCUGGAGACGAUAGCAAACUCCUUACAGUCUCAGAUCGACGCCAAAGACGAAGAAUUAAACGCCCGCCGCAAGGAAUUGGAUCAAAUUAAGGCUUCCUACACCGAAUUGUCCCGACGCGCCGCCGCUCCGACAGUGGUGGAGCAGCGUUUCCUUACAAUCGGAGUUUUCUCUGCGAUGGUCGGAGACGCCGUUAAAUCGCUCCGUUGCUUCACAAAGCUCCUAAUCGAUCUGAUGCACAAAGCCGGUUGGGAUUUGGAAAACGUAUCGAAUUACAUUCAUCCAGAUAUUAAUUACGCCAAAAACGGCCAUUGUCGGUACGCCUAUCUCUCUUACGUUUGUAUGCGAAUGUUUCAAAAUUUCGACAAGAAAGAUUUCGGAUUGUCCGACGCCCAAACGGCCGUCGACAGCUAUUGGCAGCAGUUAGUCGAUCAUAUCUCAAAGGAUCCGAAUUCCAAUCCAAAUAAGUCGUUCUUGCAAUUCUGCCAGAGGAAGUACGAGGUUCUUAUCCAUCCAACAAUGGAGUCAUCAAUUUUCAGCAAUUUGGACAGGAAGGAUAAGGUGCUGGAGUCAUGGAAAUCGUUGUCCGUGUUCUUCGAGUCCUUUGUUCGAAUGGCGAGCUCUGUGUGGGUUCUCCACAAGCUGUCCAAUUCUUUCGACCCGGCUGUCGAGAUCUUUGUGGUGGCGAAAGGGUCGUCGUUUUCGACGGUGUAUACGGAGGAUGUGUCGACGAAAUCGAAUGUUGGAAAGGGAACAAGUGUUGGAUUCACGGUGGUUCCGGGGUUCAAAUUUGGGGGAACUGUGAUUCAAUCGCAGGUUUAUUUUUGUGUCUGAAUGAGUGUUCAUAUUACAAACUCUGUUUCCUUUUUUUUUUGCAAUGAAUGAUACUUGUAAAAUGAAGAAGAUUGUGUCUACUUAUAACAAUAAUGUGAUGGAACAAAAUCGAUUUUUAUUGUGUUUU